AUGAAUUCUUUAUUCCGAACCUCGUUUUUAUUUUUGCUCACUUUUAUUAAAGUUUCUAGUCAUGAACAGUUCCAUGGCUUUUUCAAAUCCAUUGGUUUUAUGAACGAUCCGGAGCUUGCUUUCGCAUUAAACAAAAUUUAUAAUAAAUCUAGGCCUCAAUGUUCAUCAGAGUGCUUAAAACACGAGAGCUGUUAUUAUUUUGACUUUUGCAAGAUCGGUAGUUCUAGCUCUUGUUACAUCUAUAACAACACCGUUGCCGAUACCUUUGCUGUUGUAAGUGGAGCGUGCAAACGUUUUGGAUUGAAACAAACAUGUGACGCUGAAUACACUUCUCCCUGCCGAUGUCCCACCAAUAUGGGAGAUGAACGCUGCAACUACAAUUAUGAUUGUAGUGGGAAUUUGGUUGACUGGAGUACGCCUUCACACAAAUUCUAUAAAACGUUUUCAAACAAUAUUGAAAAGGAGAUGUGGUGCGAGAUGAAUAUAGACAACGGUGGUUGGAUAGUAAAAACGAUAACUUUAUUGAAUAACUGUCUGUGCACAUAA